GUAUAUGUAUGUUUGUAUAGUGAAUGUAGAUGUACAUGUAUGUGUAUAUGUAUGUUUGUACAGUGAAUGUGCGUGUGGAUGUACGAACUUUGAGUAUGUAAGUAUGUACUGUGUUUGUGUAUGUAUGUGGGCGCGUAGGUACCUAUGUAUGUAUGAAUAACUGUGAGUAUAUAUAUGUAUUUGUAUGUACAAUAUAGAGUACGGCCCACGCCACCCGAGAGCCCAACCCACAAACAGCAGGUGUGGCCCCCAGGGAACAAGGGACCACCGGCCCCACGCAGCCAGGCCGGCCAGCGACAGGAACCCCAGGGCCCGGAAGAGCACGGGAGAAGUAGGGGACAGCCAGGCCUCAGAGUUGCGGUGUUCCGAGAGGAAGAAACGUUCACCUGAGCAUUUUAAGGACUUUGUUCGAUAGAAGGACAUACUUUCAUAGUUAGUUCUCUCUUGUUUUCAAGUAAAAGAGAAUGUGACUGUUCGACUGUCAUAUAAAUGUUUAAGUAGUUUCAACAACAAGGAAAGACAACAAAAGCAAAUACAGAUAGAUUAUUAAAUAAUAAUAAUUAAAAAAAAUUAAAAAGACAAAAAGGGCUACCUACAUCACUUUAAAUGUUUUUGCCAAAUAUAUCAAUUUAAGGGCUUUUGUACUCUUAAUCAUUCUCCAAGCCAUUAAGCUAAUUAGAAAAUGUAGGCUUUACUUUCAUUAAUCGACAUUUAUGUAGAAAACAUUUUGCCAGGAGCAUAAUAAUGUUGACAAACAUUUCUAUGUUACAGUCGUUUUUAAAAAAAUACCAAAUUUGAUCUCUUCUAUAGUGAAUUGGGUCAUCUCCACACCCUUGUCUCUCAGCCAAGCUCCGAUCUCCUCCCAAAACACAUGUACAGUCUUUAGAUCCCCCUGGUGUUAUGGUUAUGGCGGUCAUUUACUUAUGGAAGUAGUUUGACAUGUACUUCGGUAUCAGGGAGGUGUAGCGGAUUUUAUAGACUAGGCUCAGUGCAAGUUGUUUUACUCUGUCCUCCACCCUGAGCCAGCCCACUUUGGAGAAGUGGGUAGGAGUGAGGUGGGAUCUGGGGUGGAGAUCUAGAAGUAACCUGACUAAGAGAAGAUCCGCACUCCAACCAUUCCAGACGGUGGCGGUAAUUCACCUCACAAGGUUGCUUGCCAACCGCCAUUAGAGGAAAGAAGAAGAAGAAGAACCCGGAACUCGCGGAACUUCAGACGUGUCAAAUGGUCGCCAUUUUCCGCAGGAAGGUAACGCCUCAAGCACCUGAGAAGGAAGCGCUGUUUCCCCCCCACAAGCCUCACCAGUUAACAUGGGGAAUUUAAUUAACCUGUUUAAAAGGCUCGGGAAGAAAGAAAUGAGGAUCCUCAUGGUGGGUCUGGACGCUGCGGGGAAAACGACCAUUUUAUACAAGCUCAAACUGGGAGAGCUCGUAACCACCAUUCCCACGAUAGGUUUUAAUGUAGAGACGGUGGAGUUCAAGAACAUUAGCUUUACAGUUUGGGACGUCGGCGGCCAGGAUAAGUUCCGACCACUGUGGCGUCACUACUUCCACAACACGCAAGGUCUCAUCUUUGUCGUGGACAGCAACGACCGAGAGCGAUGCAACGAGGCUCGUGAAGAGCUCAUGAGAAUGUUGGCGGAGGACGAACUGCGCAAUGCUGUGCUAUUAGUCUUCGCAAAUAAAAUGGACCUGCCUAACGCCCUGACUCCAACUGAAGUCACCGACGCACUGGGCCUUCACGACGUGCGCAACAGGCGCUGGUUCAUCCAGGCCACCUGCGCCACCAAUGGCGACGGUCUCUAUGAAGGACUGGACUGGUUGUCUGCGCAACUCAGCAAUCUCUAACAGUCGUCUCUUUCCCUCCCAUUCAUCGAGCCUACAUUCUGCCUUUAAAGCCCUCCCAUGCUGGCUGUUGUUACCGCCAACAUACUGGGCCACCAGUGGAAAUAAUCGGUCCAUGGUAAUGUGUAAAGCUGACAUGUAUAUAUGAAAGGAUAUGCUAAUGGGGCAGCUUUAACUUUUUCUCUCGUGGUUGUUUCACUUUCUGUUUGUUGGGCAAUAAAAGGAGAGACGCAAGGGAAUCUAAUAUUACAAUCACAUACACUACUCAAAAAGUUAGGGAUAUUCAGCUUUUGCGUUUUAAAGAUGAAGCUAAAAUAUACAGUACAGGCCAAAGGUUUGGACACACUUUCUCAUUUUAAUUCGUUAUAUUUUCAUGACUAUUUACAUUGUAGAUUGUCACUGAAGGCAUCGAAACUAUGACACCUGUGAAGUGAAAACCAUUUCAGGUGACAACCUCUUAAAGCUCAUCGAGAGAAUGCCAAGAGUGUACAAAGCAGUAAUCAGCAAAGGGUGGCUACUUUGAAUAAAGUAGAAUAUAAAACAUGUUUUCAGUUUUUUCACCUUUGUUGGAUAAGUACAUAACUCCACAUGUGUUCAUUCAGUUUUGAUGCCUUCAGUGACAAUCUACAAGGUAAAUAGUCAUGAAAAUAAAGAAAAAGCUUUGAAUGAGAAGGUGUGUCCAAACUUUUGGCCUGUACUGUGUGUGUGUAUAUAUAUAUAUAUAUAUAUAUAUAUAUAUAUCAAUCAUAAUUUGACCCAAGCUUUUGAAUAUGCAUGUCCAACUCUUCAGUGUUUCAGUACUUUUUGUACAACUUGCUGUUCUCUAGCAAGUAGCUGAAUAGCAACAUAUCUAACUGGUGGCAAAUUUUCUUUGACAUUAAGCUCAGUUGCCACUUCAAUCUGAAAACAUCUUGUUAGCAGCCUAAAACGGCGAGGUACUGUUGAACAAUAUUGUGGUUAGUUGGUAUUUUAGGUUAAUCCUGACAUUCUACCCAAAAGUUGAGUAUCUCAACUUUUUGUGAGUGGUGUAUUCAAAUUGGUGACCAAAACUAAAAGAUGCACAGCUGGGAGCGUCAAUCUCCUGUUUGAUAAACACUGGUAUUGACUUAAUAGGAUGUUUAUGGAAUCUACCUGUUUUCUCUGGUUGGUGUUUUUGUGUAUUGUCAAGUGUCAGGUCCAAGGGCUGCCUUAGAGUGUGUACACUUUGCAACUAUUUAAAAAAAAAAAAAAGCUCUAUACUGAUUAUCCCACACUCAGCCUCGUACUGUAAGUUGUAUGCAUCAUGUAAGACGACAUUAGUGUCAUUUCCCCCAUCCUAUCAGGUGGGUGUUUUUAAAGAAAAUAUUUAAACACUUGUGUGCAUACACAUUUCUUUGUGUUACUGAACUGCUCAGACUAUAUAUGGAGGUGGGCUUGUUUUGUCAUUAAUACAGAUUUAAAUAUUUAAGUUAAUCUUUUGUGUGAGUAAAACAAAAAAGCACUAAAGUGACUGGAAAGGAUUUCUAAAAUGUAUUUUUCUUACAUGUGACUAUGCAAUAAAACAAUGUCAUGCAUUCA